CUGUGUGGUAACAGUUGUGCAUACUUUUCAUUGGUUAUAAACUGUGACAGCAAGAAGCUGUCUAUGCAAUGCACUGAUACCUAACAAUUGUGUGCACUUCUCAAAGGUUAUAAACUAUGUGGUAACAGUUGUGUGCACCGCUCAAUGGUUACAACUCACCCGAAUGGUGAGAGCCAGACUAUAUUAAAUUAGCUGUGACAGGUAACCCCAGGAUUUCAGCUAUUUCCCUGUAUACAUCUGAUGUAAACAUCUGCUUUAUCUACUGCUUUAAUUGAAUGUAAUGAUAGAUUCAGUUAAAAAAAACCAGGAAAAGUAACUUCAGUGAAAGUCAGUUACGCACAAUAGUUAGCAUGUUUGUGGAGAACAAGACACUACUUCUAUCAAAACACAGUACAACUGUUAUGAAUGAUAGAAAAGCGACUGUUUGGAAUAAAAUCACAGAGGCAGUAAACGCAACCAGCUGCGUUCACCGGACAAUUGACAACUGCAAAAAGAAGUGGCUGGAAUUAAAGAGACGGGCCAUUCAGUUUGGCAGUUCUAGGAAAAGAUCAAAGACAGGAGGAGGCUGCCCCCCACCAGAUCAGCCUUGGUAUGUCGAUGACAUAUUGGAUAUUUUGGAAGAGGAUUCAAACCAUUCCACUGAAAUAAAUGGUAGAGGUGAAUCUGUACCAGAAGAAAGCAAAAGAGAUGAGCCGGUUGUUGAAACGGAUUAUGCUGACCAAGUUAACAGCACUCAAGAGACAGGUCUUGAUAGAAGUCAAAUAAAGUUGAAAACUGUGUCACGUGAAGCCAACAAUAAUACAAGUGUUAAGAGCCGGAAUAGAGAAGUGUCUUCUGAAUUGUCCUCAAGGCCAGAAGAAGGAAACACACAUAAGGUUACAAAUGUCGCUGCAAUUUUAAGUCCACAACCGACACAGACUAAAGAACCAGAUGACAGCACAGAUGGUGUCUACAACACAGCAGCUAGUACAACUGGCUCAUACCAGACCAUCGGUGAACCUGAAGGAUUGUGUCAUCUGAAGAGGAAAGGGUAUCCUACUGCUAACGUGAGAUCCUCUUUGGAAAGGAAAGCAUCUUAUGAUGAUUUAAUAGAACUGGAAAUAAAGAAGGUUCGAAUGGAAUGUGAAAUACUGAACAAGAAACAAAGAGCACAAGAAGAAGAAGUAAAAACAAAAGCAGACAGAGAAGAAGUUCAAUUUGAAAUAUUAAAACUACAGUUACAAAGCCAAAAGAUUCAGGUACAGCAGCAACAAGCAACAUUGUAUAAGACAAACUUAGAAAUCCGUCUCCUUGAAAACCAGUUAAAUAUUGCACCUGCUACAGAUGUUCUACUGCCUCCAAAAGAGAAUGUGCUCAUGGAAGAUGUAGAAAACUGAAUAAUCUUCAGCUUUUGUAAUAAUUUAAACUCAUAAUAUAAUAUAUUAUGAGUUUAAAUUAUUAAAGUUUGACUGUAUAUAUAUAUUAUAUAUAUACAGUCAAACUUUAAUAACUCCACCUUCGAUAUUUCAAAAAUUUCGAUCUCUCGACUUGAAGCGACGGCCCCUGCCGAAUUGCUAUACAAACUAGUAAAAACGACCUUCGAAAACUCAAACUUCAUACACUCGAAAACCUCGAUCUCUCAACAUAAUUCUUUAGUCCCGCCAUAAAGAUUUAAUUGUUUAUGCACCUCAAAAACUUGAUGCAUGUGGAUUGAUCAAAUUGUCGUUGCUGGUAGUAUUUUAAAGACGACUAACUUGUCAAUCAAGUCAAUCAGACAAAGCGCGCCUACUUGGGCUGUCUGGGCUGUCGAGGAUUAAGGUAAUAAUUACAGAAUAAUUGAUCAUCGGCUACGCAGAACGCACUGAUCCUGUGUUUGGGUGUCGGUGUUCGUACAUGUCGUCAUACACAAUUACAAAUACAGUCUAGUUAACUUCAAAGAGCACUUGUAAUAAUUGUUAGCGCUUUUUUUUUAAUAAAUGUUAGUUCCUGAUUUACAUUAGUGCUUUUUAAUGAUUGCUCUUAUUUAAAAUGAUAAAAAUUAUUAAAAUAAUUUUCUGAAGAAAUCUACCGAGUGUUAUUCAGCAUUCAGUGUUUUAUUGGUUAGUUACGUUCCGCCAUGUUUUGACAUCUACAAAAUACAUCAACGUUCAUUGUAUCAUUUACUUACUUUUACAAUAUACGCAAAAUAAGUGUAUCACAGGCGUCAGAAGAUGCCAACAAAAGGGGCGGGUGACAGUUCUAUAUUAAUUCGCCUUUCAACUGGCGAUGCAUAGUUUUCAGAGUUUAGAAGUAGGCAGUGAAGUGCACACUUCUUACAAUAUUAAACGAAAGCAUCCAGCUAAUUUGAACUCUUAUAUAUUAAUUUUGAAAACUCGAACUCCCUAAAACUCGAACUAUUUCGUCAUCCCCUUCAAAAUCGAGUUGUCGAAGUUUGACUGUAUACAUAUAUAUAUAUAUAUAUAUUAAUUUGGUUAUGUAUCAUCAUAAAUAUGUGUCUGUGGCAUCACCAUAGUUUAUGUGAUUAUCAUGGUCCUCAGAAUAGAAGUGCUUGUUACCGGCCUCGGUGGCACAGUGGUUAAGCCAUCAGACUACAAGCUGGUAAGUACAGGGUUCGCAGCCCGGUACCACCUCCAACCAAGAGUGAGUUCUUAAGGGCUCAAUGGGUAGGUGUAAGG